UGAAAUUUGUUUCUUAUAAUCCGAGGCCAUAUUGGUGAAAUGCUCUCGAUGGCAAGAUAGAAUCUGACACUGUAAAAGGCUGGUGCUCGAGCUUCGUACUCCGGAUUCAGAACGGAUAAAAUCCCACCCAGGUUUUGAAUCUUUUCACAUGGCCAUUGCUCUUUCCUCUUCUUUCCUUUCCAUUCCAUCGUCAUGUCCCCUUAUAAUCCUGGGGUCAUCCUGUAUCGCUAUGAUGCAUCCCCGUUUUCUGUGAAGAUCGAUAAUGUUCUAAUGUUAAAAAAUGUUCCAUAUGCGACUGUGACCGUGGCGAAUGUUCUCCCUCGCCCUGAGAUCACAGAAUUAUUAGGCCUCACGUAUCGUCGCAUUCCCAUUCUGACAAUUGGUAACGACAUCUACUGCGAUACCAGCUUGAUUGCUGCUGCGAUCGAAAGACGCUUUCCCUCCUCACAGGGUUUUGGGACCAUUUUUCCGCCAAAAAAGCGCGGAGGUUCACCAGACACUGGCCUUCUGAAGGCAUUUACUCAACAUUACGCUGACACUGUGUUGUUCAACUUGGGACCAAUCCUUCUACCAUGGGAUCGCUUUCCCGAUUUUUUUCUGAAAGAUCGUCAAACAAUUGCGCCCAAUCUUAACGUUCAAGCCAUGAUGAAUUCCCAAGGAAAGGCGAUGAAUGCAUUGUCCGCUCAUCUGGCUCUUGUGAAUGAACAACUGCAAGAUGGUCGUGAAUGGUUGUUCGACACCGAGCUUCCAAGUCUCGCAGACAUCGGCAUUCAUUUCACUUACAACUGGGUUCGUGGGUUUCCCAACACUAAAUCUUUGUUUAUUGAGGCGAGAUUUCCUUACGCUUUAAGAUGGUUGGAUCGUUUGAACAAAUUCAUCAAAACCACACGAAACGACUUCCCUACACCAAUAACACUCACAGGCCCCGAAGCCGCUAAUUCGAUUGCCAAAUCUUCCUAUGAACCCUAUAAUGUCAUUGGGUUCGAUGCAUUCGAAGCGGCUAGGCUUAACCUUGUUAAAAAUCAAAUAGUUCAUGUGGUCCCAGACGACACUGGUCCUCAGUUCGCGACGUCUGGUAAAUUGGUCGCAUUCAACCACGAAGAGAUUGUCAUUGAAACCAAGGGUACGAUGAAUGCUAUCUUUCGUUGUCAUUUCCCAAGGAUUGGUUUCACACCGAAGGGUGUACAAAAUCAUAGACUUUGAAUAGCUCUAAUGUCAAUUCGAAGUAUUAGUCCUUGUGACAGUGUAGUUUGUUAAUGAAUGUUGGUCAAGAGCCCACUUCAAUUGAUAAUUGUUAUCUGAAAGUCCAAAGGACAAAUAAUUCUGCGUCGGAUGGGCGCUGAUGGGCGUAGACUCGAACCAGUCCGCUGCUGAGAAGUGAUAUGUGGAAUUUCGCUGACACCUUUGAGCGCCGUUCCAAAGUGUAAGCUACGCUCGGG